AUGGCACAGGCAAAGGAGCUGGAGCUUCUGGGCGAAACUGAGCUCCAGUCCAAAACGCCGCCUGGAGGACGCUUCCCCAUCAGCUGUCCGACUCUCGAUCUGGCGGCAUCUUGGGAUCAGGACGACAGGAACUUGCUUGUGUACCGGCCACCGGGUCAAGUCGUUUCCAAGAUACACCAGGUUGCUUCGCCUGGAGAGAAAGUGCCCGAGGUGUGCGCAGUGACAUGGAGACCUGAUGGCCAAUUUCUAUCUCUGGGGUGGAGUGAUGGCGUUGUGCGGCUCAUGGGCUUGGAGAACAACAAGGCUGCGCAUCAUAUCCCGGUCUGCGACAAGGCUGCAGCCACAAUCACGCACAUUGGCUGGUCGACCGCCAUCAUCGCAAGCAAGGCAGAUGGAGCCAUCGCUAAAAGGCUUGGGGAUGACUUCACACAAGGAUGGACCGAGCCAGGAGCCAAGACGCCUCUCGAUCUGCCUCAAGAGCUCACCUUUCUGGAAGUUGAGACGGCGCUGCCCAGAAUCAGCCCCUUGCCGACGAGUAGUGCUGGCGCAGGCGAGGAUGCUACCGUCUUCACUCUUCGCAGCGGCAUCGACUUUCUCUUCCGGACUCCCAAGCGAGACACUUACGAUCAAGUCAAGGUGAUGAUUGUGGGAACCAGCAAUGGCAAAUUGCAGCUCAGCAUCUACGACUCCUUCGUCAUUGGAACCUUUCCACAGCCACUGCUAGACUCGCCAGCGUCAGCACCGUCAAGUGCAAUGCACAUGAUACUCCAUGCAGCUCACCCACGAACAUCAACGCAUUCUCUCAUCUACGCAGAAAACCAAAAUGAGCCACAAGAGGUUCAUCUUGUUCCUAUGGACUUACCAUUCCUCUCUUUUUCUCCCAUCAAUCUAUCCCUUCUAUCCUCCAAACUCACUACCCUCCAAGCACUGCUACGAUACCUGAAACAAACAUCUCUUCAUAUGCAGCUCGAGUGGAAAAACGCAAGAGAGCUUCCGGCUCGCUUCCUACGCAGCGUACAUGGCGACUUGGAAGAGAUGAACGGCGGCCCAAACGAAAUUGUCUCUGCCCUGUUUCAUACGGCUUUGACUGGCCACGCUCACCCUCCUGGCCACAAACGCUGGGACAAGGCAGUCACAUCUGGCCUAGAAGGUCUCCGCAGCCUCGUCCAUCAAUAUUUCCUCCCAGCCCUCGAGCGCUGCUCCAUCAUCCUAAGCCGCCUACGUGGUCUGGCCCGCUUCUACAACGACCGCGAAGACAUUGGCCUAUCCAUUCCCCAUCUCAACCGUGUUCUCGACACCAUCAGCUGCCUCACCCUAGUCGGACACAAGGUCCUCAUCCACACAAUGGACGAGCUCCAGCAUUUCUCCGCCUUUUCAGCGUGGCUCCGCUUCCAAAUCGACCAGCUGGGCGGACCUGGAACUGGAGCCGACGAACUCACUGACAAGGAAGCCAUGAUGGACCACACAAAAGUGCUGACCUACAUUGAGCGCUACCUCACAAAUAGCCCUCUCGACAUUUUCCUCAGUGAGAUUGCCAAAGAGGAUUACGACUCCGACUUGAAAUUUAUAGACGACGGCCCAACACUGCUAGACGUCUUGGACAAGCAGCUCAAAAAGCACGAAGCCGGCCAGCCCAGCAUGAAAGCCCUCCCACACGUCGACUUCCUCGUCAACUACGCCACGACAUGGUCCAACAACAUCUUCAGCAGCAUCGCCGAGGCAAAGAGACGCAGCGUCCGCUUCGGCAAGCCAGUCAAGCUAUCCAUCGGAAAGCCCAUCACCAAGAUGGACAUGAAAAUGCUCGGCUCUAGCAAAAGAAGCGGUACUGUCUUUACUGCGUUGGCGUCGCAGCAGGAUCCCAGCAAAGUACACUUGUUCCGGAUGGACAUGGCGAUAACAAAUGGAAUCAGCGAUAACAAGCCGGUGGUGGCCUGCGUCAUCGAUCUUGGCUCUCGAUUGCUUGUGGACUUGAAGUUUCUCAACGAUAAAUAUCUUGUGGUUUUCUGUACCGAAAACAACAAUACUCCAUUAAUCAUCCUCAUCCCCACACAAGACGAAUCGAGCAUCUCGUACAGCCCUUACGAUGCUGCAAAUCCUAACCAGAUGCCCUCUUUAACAUCAGCCGACACCUUUACGACACAUCACUUUCCAGCCAACCACCAGAUACUUCGGCCCAUUCGUAUGGAGGUCCAUGAUAGAAGCGAGAUUAGAGGGGAGAUGCCUGCGCGAAUCUGUCUUUUGAGCAGUAAUCGCACGACAUGGAAGACUUAUAAAAUACCCAUCGAGGAAUGA